GCAGGAGAAAUCUGGAAACGCUUUUGUCUGCGAACUUGAUUGAGAACAUGAUUACCAUGAAUUCAUAUAAGACCUGCAGACGUCACGGUCGAAGCAGAAUGCCAAGUCUUCAGCCUCCUUUUCCCUUAGAUCAUGGCGACCGACGCCACGUACGAGACGGGUUCAGAGACAACGACUCUUGAUGCGAGCCGCCAUACUAAUCACAAUGCCGCCCGAAAGAUCGAACCCUUCGACGUGCACGACCCCGACUGGAACUUCGAGAAAAUUCUCCCCAUCAUCAUCGACAGAGCGGCACAGGCGGGCAGUGGUCCUGAUCUCUCCAUCUAUGGCGAUGACCUCGGCACUGUCGUGCUAGAAGACGUGGUGUCGAUUGUUCCCAACCUCAUCACCAAAUUUAGAAGGCUAUGGCAGAAGCUGCCGGAGAAGAGGAUCUUGUCCGACAUCGACGGACUCCUCGCGCCUGGCGAGAUGUUGCUAUUCCUUGGGCCGCCAAGCAGCGGGUGUACUACGUUGCUGAAAGUUCUCUCUGGAAGACUCGACGGCUAUCACAGAUGGUGCGGAUCCAUUAGCUACAGCGGAAUUCCCCUAGAGACCAUGCGACGAAAGUUUGCCAGCAUGCUUACCUUCAAUGAUGCCGUGGAUCAUCAUUUUCCAUACCUCACAGUAUCUCAGACGUUGUCGUUUGCUGCAAGUACGAAGACCCCGCAAAUGCGCUUUGAUGGAGUGUCGCGGCAGCAAUAUAUUGAAGGGUCACGAGACAUCUUGAUGGCGAUAUUUGGACUCAAGCAUACCGCGAACACGCGUGUGGGCAAUGACUUUGUGCGAGGAGUUUCUGGUGGUGAGCGACGUCGAGUAUCCAUCGCCGAGAUGCUUCUGAACAGGUCCUGUGUGACUUGCUGGGACAACCCAACAAAGGGUCUGGAUAGUUCUUCCUCCCUGGAUUUUGCGCAAGCAUUGCGCACCGCUACGGACCUCACCAAUAAUGUAGCAAUAUCGGCGCUAUAUCAGCCUGGCGAUUCGCUGGCCUGCACCUACGAUAAGGUGCUUCUCCUACAUCAAGGUCACCAGAUCUACUUUGGCGGGUUGGUCGCCGCCAAACAAUUCUUCGAGAACAUGGGGUUCGUCUGUCGUUCACGACAGACCAUUGCCGAAUUUCUGCUGUCCGUAACGGACCCCAGUGCUCGCGUGGUGCUAGAGGGGCAAGAAAACCAUGUUCCUCGAACUGCUGAAGAAUUUCGAGACCAAUGGAGACGCAGUUCACAAUAUCAACAAUUAAGACUGGCAAUCGAAGAGCACUUCGCAAACGCAGAGGCAGUGCAAGGCCAGGAGAUUGAGCGCUUCAAAGGCAUGCGCUUGGCUGAGCGAGCACCCGUCACUCGGCUUUACUCGCCGUAUACGCUCAAUCUUGCACUACAGUUCUCCGUGACUUUCAAACGAGCCUACCACCGCAUUCGAGGCGAAUACGCGUAUUUCCUGGCCGUUACGGGAACUAUGUUGAUCAUACCGCUGGUUAUCGGUUCCAUGUUCUAUCAGAUUGAUCCUGGAACGAGUGGGUUUUUCUCAAAAGGUGGUGUAAUCUUCUUCAUCGUCCUCUUCAACAUCAUCGUCAAUUUCGCCGAGAUUCUGGCACAGUUCUCCCAACGACCAAUAAUUGAGAAACAUCAUACGUACAGCAUGUACCAUCCAUAUGUCGACGCGCUCGCCAACAUGGCCUCGCAAUUUCCGAUCAAGAUCUUCAACAUUCUGGUAUUCACAGUCAUUGUCUAUUUUAUGGCGGGACUGAAAAGGGAAGCCGGUCCGUUCUUCAUCUUUGUCGUCUUCACCUUUCUGACCACGGUCACAAUGACCGCGUGGUUCCGCGUGGUCGCGGCAUUCGCUCGGACUAUGGACUCCGCACUGGCUAUGGCAGGCCUAUCGAUGCUCCCUCUUGCCAUGUACGGCGGCUAUGUCAUUCCUCGACCCUCGAUGCAUCCUUGGUUCAAGUGGAUAUCAUAUGUAAACCCCAUCUACUACACAAUCGAGGCGAUGAUGGCAGUCGAAUUCCACGGAAGAAAGGCACCAUGCCAGCAGUUGAUUCCAUCCGGGCCUGGGUAUGAGAAUGUCAGUAUUGAAAAUCAGGUGUGUGCCGCAGUCGGGGCUCGUCCGGGUGCUUCAUUUGUGUCUGGAGACGAGUACCUUGCUCUGUCGCUGGACUUCUCGUACGAUCAUGUGUGGCGCAACCUCGGCAUAUCGAUUGCUUUCUUCCUAGCGUUCACCGCUCUUUAUGCUGCUACUACCGAGUUCAAAAAGGCGGGCAGCUCUGCCUCAUCCCAGCUGGUCUUCCGAAAAGGUACCACACCGUCUGCAGGGAGGUUGCACGACGUGGAAUCUGGAGCUUCUAGCCGGAGCGAAAAGAUUGAAAGUAGUGGUGAUACCCUUGAUGCGGAAAGCGGCCGGGAUGUCUUCUCGUGGAAGCAUCUCAAUUACGACAUCAGUAUCAAGGGGGAGACCCGUCGCUUGUUGUCCGACGUUGAAGGUUUCGUGGAGCCUGGAUCGCUCACGGCACUGAUGGGCGCAUCUGGUGCAGGCAAAACCACUUUGCUGAACGUUCUCGCGCAGCGUAUGGGCGAAGUAGGUAUCGUGACGGGGCACCCCAAAAUCAAUGGCAUCGAACUUGACGGAUCAUUCCAGCAACGUACUGGAUAUGUGCAGCAACAAGAUAUACACCUCGCUGAGAUGACAGUCAGGGAAGCGUUUCAGUUCUCUGCCUUUCUGCGACAGCCUCGCGAAGUUGCCGACGACGACAAACGCGCUUACGUGGAGAAGAUAAUCUCAAUCCUCGGUCUUGAAGAAUACGCAGAAGCGGUGAUCGGCGUCCCUGGGAACGGUCUCAGCGCCGAGAAGCGAAAGCGUACCACGAUCGGGCUUGAGCUCGUUGCAAGACCAUCCCUCCUUAUUUUCGUGGAUGAGCCUACAUCUGGACUUGACUCACAAUCGGCAUGGUCCAUAGUCAAGCUACUCCGGGAUCUCGCUGAUGCAGGCCAGUCUAUCCUGUGCACCAUCCACCAGCCAUCGUCUACCUUGAUCGACCAAUUUGAUCGUUUGCUGCUACUAGCAAAAGGUGGCAGGACGGUGUACUUUGGAGAUUUGGGCAAAGACUCGCAGAAGGUCCUCGACUACUUCACGAGCUACGGUGCCCCACCGUGCCCGGCAGGUGCAAAUCCGGCCGAAUACGUCUUAGAGCAGAUUGGAGCAGGAGCUACAGGUCAGGCGACGCUAGACUGGCCGUCAGUCUGGGCAGCUUCGUCUGAACGCCAAGCUGUCACCGAGCGCAUCGACCGUAUCCAAGCGCAAAGCAGUCCUAGUCCAGAUAUGCCGUUAGCCGCUCCCAAGCGCUCGUUCUCGCUGAAUUGGUUCCAGCAAUACAACCUCGUUCAAAAGCGGCUUUUCGUGCAGCAGUGGCGCUCGGCAGGGUACAUCAAGAGCAAACUCGCAAUCAACAUCCUUGGUGGACUGUUUAUUGCCUUCACGUUCUACAAAGAGCCUAGUUCCAUACAGGGUCUACAAAACAAGGUCUUCGCAAUCUUCAUGAUGCUGAUCAUUUGCCUCAUACUGAUGGUCCUUGUGCAGCCCCGGCUGAUCGAUCUCCGCAAAAUCUAUGACGUCCGCGAGAAGCACUCAAACAUGUAUCACUGGAGCGUCUUCAUCGUUUCCAACAUAAUCGUCGAAAUACCCGCCAACAUCAUCGCGUCAAGUAUCGGUUUCAUCUGCUGGUAUUUUCCAAUCGGCUGGUGGCGCGACAUCUCUCCCGCACGCGGCAUCUCUAUGUACGCAGUCUACAUUCUCUACCAGAUCUACUAUACCACUUUCUCGCAAGCCGUCGCCGCCGUAUCACCCAACGCCGAAACAGCCGCCAUGCUGACCGUCCUGCUCUACACUUUCGUCCUCGCCUUCAGCGGCGUCCUGCAACCCCUCCGCCAGCUUGUCUCGUUCUGGAACUUUGCCUACUACGUCUCGCCAUUCACGUGGCUUGUCUCGGCAAUGAUGUCCAUCGGCGUGCACGACGUGCCCGUUCAGUGCACAGCGAUGGAGAUUAACAUCUUCCAGCCGCCCGCCGGCCAGACUUGCCGCGAUUAUGCGGGCGCAUUCGCGAACGCGAGCUUGGCUACGCUACUAAAUCCGGAGGCAACACAUGAUUGUGAAUUCUGCCAGGCGUCUUUGGGGGAUGUGUACCUGGCUGCGUUGAAUAUGAGUUAUAACCAUCGCUGGAGGAACUUUGGGUUCUUGGUUGCAUACACAGUGUUCAAUGUGGCGAUGUUCACAUUUGGGUUUUAUCUUUACUCUGGACCUGGGUUAAAAAAGACACUUAGGAAGGCGUUAAGGAAGUAAAAAC